AUGUUGACUGCGCAACCGGCCAAGAAGGCGGCCCAAUGCCUACCACGUGCUCGCCGAUUCUCUUCCACUCCAGCACCAGCAGCUGUUUCACCAUAUCGACGAGCAACUCAGGCAGCACCACCUCAAGCACAACAAGCAGCGAGGCGCAAUGUAUCAGACACCGCGAAACGAUCAGCUCAAGCUGCGGCGGCAGCAAUGCCGCAGCGAACUAUGCCUAGUCCCGCCUUCAACCGCGAUGAUACCAGAUACCGGGACGUUCAGCCAUUGCAACCAUUCCGGCAGCCCGAGAUGGAUCACAGCUUUGUGGGAAUGACGGGCGGUCAGAUAUUCCACGAGAUGAUGCUACGGCAAGGUGUCAAGCAUGUUUUCGGCUACCCGGGAGGAGCCAUUCUCCCUGUCUUUGAUGCGAUCUACAACAGUAAACACUUCGAGUUCAUCUUGCCCCGUCAUGAACAAGGCGCAGGACAUAUGGCAGAAGGCUAUGCCAGGGCUUCAGGCAAGCCUGGCGUUGUCCUCGUGACGUCUGGACCAGGCGCUACGAACGUCAUUACGCCGAUGCAGGAUGCCCUGAUGGACGGCACACCCAUGGUCGUCUUCUCUGGACAAGUCGUCACAUCCGCCAUUGGUUCAGAUGCAUUCCAAGAGGCAGACAUUGUGGGCAUUUCGAGGGCAUGCACAAAGUGGAAUGUCAUGGUCAAGAACGUUGCAGAGCUACCACGCCGCAUCAACGAAGCAUUCGAGAUCGCAACAUCUGGCAGACCUGGCCCGGUAUUGGUCGAUCUGCCGAAGGACGUCACAGCCAGCAAGCUUACUCGACCUAUUCCAAUGACCUCGACCCUGCCAUCUCACCCGUCUGCAGCAACUGUGGCAGCCCGCGAGCUUGCAUCGAAGCAGCUUGAUGGCAGCAUCCGACGCUCUGCAAACCUCAUCAACAUUGCGAAGAAGCCUGUUAUUUACGCCGGUCAGGGUGUCCUUGGUCAUCCAGAUGGCCCGAAGCUACUUAGGGAACUUUCCGACAAGGCGCAGAUCCCGGUGACGACAACAUUGCAAGGUUUGGGAGGCUUUGACGAACUAGAUCCGAAGUCUUUGCACAUGCUCGGCAUGCACGGCUCAGCGUAUGCCAACAUGGCUAUGCAGGAAGCGGAUCUCAUCAUUGCGCUCGGUGCGCGCUUUGACGAUCGCAUCACAGGAGCCAUAGCGCGCUUCGCACCUCAAGCCAGGAAGGCGGCCGAAGAAGGCCGUGGCGGCAUUAUCCAUUUCGACAUUAUGCCGAAGAACAUCAACAAAGUCGUGCAAGCCACUCAGGCUGUAGAGGGAGACGUUACAACCAAUCUGGGGCUCAUGAUGCCUCACAUCGAGGCAAAGACGCCAUCUGAUAGGAAAGAGUGGUUCGGACAGAUCGAUGCCUGGAAGCAGCGGUUCCCGUGGGCAUUCGAGAGAGAAGACGGCCCAGACGCCUUGAUCAAGCCUCAAACUGUCGUCACCAUGCUUUCAGACCUCACUGCGGACCGGAAGGAAAACACCAUCAUCUGCACUGGCGUCGGCCAGCACCAGAUGUGGGCUGCGCAGCACUACCGUUGGCGAACACCGCGCUCAAUGAUCACGUCCGGCGGUCUUGGCACGAUGGGUUACGGCUUGCCGGCAUCAAUUGGUGCAAAAGUCGCCGCGCCCGAGAAGUUGGUCGUUGACAUCGACGGCGACGCUUCGUUCUUGAUGACGCAGACGGAGCUUAGCACGGCAGCGGAAUUCAACAUCGGCGUCAAGGUCCUGGUGUUGAACAACGAGGAGCAAGGCAUGGUCACUCAAUGGCAAUCCUUGUUCUACAGUGACCGCUUCGCGCACACGCAUCAGCGCAACCCGGACUUUGUGAAGUUGGCCGAGGCGAUGAGAGUACCUGCGCGACGGACGACGAAGCUGGCGACUCUGGAAGAUGAUUUGAAGUGGCUGAUUGAGGGUUCGGGAGAGGGCCCGGCGUUCCUCGAGGUUGUGACGGAUCAGAAGGUGCCGGUUUUGCCUAUGGUGCCUGGUGGAAGCGCUCUGCAUGAGUUCCUUGUGUACGAUGCAGUGAAGGAGAAGGAGCGGAGACAGAGGACCAGAGAAAGAUCUGGCAGGUAA